UUUGUUGUUUCAGGUAACAAACAUAAAGGACACCUCACUGCCACGGCUGGAUCAAAUCGAGAGAGACACAUCAUAGACAACUAAUUUAUUUAGCCAAGGACAAUAAUUGGUGAUAGUUGCUUCGACUUGAAUUUGAUCACGCCUUAACCAAAAAUAAAUCACUGACGUAAAUUCCGAAAACACGCCUCUGCUCGUGUUCACACACUUAUGCUUAUGGUUCAAGUCCAUCAAGACGAUCAAAAUAGACUCGAUCGAAGAACAAUCGGAACCAACGGGAACUCGCUAUAUCGAAUUGGGAAAAUAUGUCACCCGUGAUACUUUUAAUAAGAGAAAUCCAGUCCAUCGUCAGAUUCUCCAAGUGUGCGAACGUUUUGCAGACGCCUUGGAGAUCCCAGCGAACAAGCCUGAAGUUCCUUGGAUGUCGUGCCCUCCAUGUGGACAGUGUUCCCAGUGUGCCAGAGGUCACCACCAGCUAUGUCCACGGCACUUCCUCCAGAUCUUUGCUGUCCCAAACCAUUGGCCAAACCCUGCAGAACACCGCAGAGCGCUGGCCUGACCGCGAGGCUGUGGUCUUCCUGCAGGACGGCAUCCGCAAGACGUUCGCACAGUUCCAACAGGAUGUGGACCAGGCGGCUGCUGGGCUGCUUGCUCUGGGGCUAAAGAGGGGGGACCGGCUCGGGAUGUGGGGGCCGAACAUCUACGAGUGGAUCCUGGUCCUGUUCGCCACAGCCAAGGCCGGCAUCCUACUGGUGUCCGUAAACCCAGCCUAUCAGCUUCAGGAGCUGGAGUUUGCCCUGAGGAAGGUUAAAUGCAAUGCGAUCGUGUGUCCCACAAAGUUCAAGACCCAGAACUACUGUGACAUGCUGAGGCAGCUCUGCCCUGAGGUAGAGACAGCCACGCCUGGAGGCCUCAAGAGUGCCAGGCUGCCCGACCUGCGCAUGAUGAUUGUGACAGACAGCCGGCAGACUGGAAUGUUCCACAUGGACGAUGUGAUGCAGGCAGCAGACAGCCAACAUCGACAGGAACUGGAUAUCCUGCAGAAGAAACUAUCCUUCGAUGACCCAAUUAACAUCAUGUUCACAUCGGGUACCACAGGGAGCCCAAAAGGUGCAACUCUGUCCCAUCACAACCUUGUCAAUAAUGCCUACUUCAUAGGGGUACGUGUAGGCUACCCCUGGAGGCCACAGGUGCGUGCUUGUCUACCCGUACCCCUGUAUCACUGCUUCGGCUCGGUGGGAGGAGCACUAAACAUGGCCCAGCAUGGCAUCACCCUCGUUUUCCCCUCAACUGCUUAUGAUGGCCGAGCCAACCUGGAGUCCAUCCAGAAAGAGAGGUGUACCUUUUUCUAUGGCACACCCACCAUGUUCAUUGAUCUGCUGGGGCAACCAGAACUGAAGAAGUAUGACCUGUCCUCUCUAGAAGCAGGAAUUAUGGCUGGCUCUCCCUGUCCGCCUGAGAUUGUGAAAAAGGUCAUGACUACCUUGAAUAUGGAGGUGAUGAUCGGUUACGGAACCACAGAGAACAGCCCUGUCACAUUUUUGGGGUACCCAAGGGACAACCUGGAGAGGAUGACUGAGACUGUCGGCUGUAUCAUGAACCAUACUGAGGCGAAGGUGGUGGACCCCAGUACUGGGCAGAUUGUGACCCUGGGGACAUCAGGAGAGCUGAUGAUCCGCGGAAACUGUGUGAUGCUGGAUUAUUGGGACGAUCCUGUCAAAACACUGGAGUGCAUUACCAAGGACCGCUGGUACAAGACCGGUGACCUCGCUAGGCUAGACAAGUAUGGAUACUGCCGAAUCGAGGGCAGGAUCAAAGACAUGAUCAUCCGAGGAGGAGAGAACAUCUAUCCUGCUGAAAUCGAGCAGUUCCUUCACACCCACCCCAAAGUGCAUGAGGUGCAGGUGGUUGGGGUGCGGGAUGAGAGGAUGGGGGAGGAGGUAUGCGCCUGCAUUAAGCUGAAGGAGGGGGAGGACUGCACUGCUGAGGAAAUCAAAGCCUACUGCAAGGGCCAGGUGGAGUCCUCACCAAGGUGCUGAGACAGGGGGAACAUGUUACUGGGGAAGUGCCUGUCUCUGAUCACUCUCCCCAAAGGUAUAUGUCAGUGGCUUGCCUGAACAUCUGUGGAGCACUGAAACAUGGUCUGGGCACCACACCGCGUACACUAAAGCACGUAUGUACAUUCAGUAUGCUUAUACUCUCACUGUGUCUCCGUAUUUAAAUAAAGGGAACUGAAAUGAAUGCCGCGGAGACGCAACUGCAAAGAAUAUAAACGCUCCACAUUGCGAUUUCAAAUGAAUGCCACGUUGCGAUUUGACGUCAUUGAAAUCCUGUGCGUCCAUACAUGCGGAAAGUAUAACCCAGGUGUUAGGCAAUGCGGCUGAACCUGUUGCUAGCAUCCAAGCUGUGGUCGUGUUUGUAGCAUUUUUCUAGCUUGUUUAUCCUGUUCCCAAUGUAAAAUGAAUUGUAAAAUGUGGAUUAUUAUUAUGAAUAGGGUUAUUAUGACACACGCCACAACCAUAAGUGACCAACACAAAGGCGGCAGCGCAUAAUGUAACCGCUGUUUGUGGUGGUCAGUAAGGAAAAUACACUCACUGAGCACUUUAUUAGGAACACUAUACUAAUAUUGCAUUACAUGUUAUUUGGCUGACGCUUUUAUCCAGAGCAACUUAGACUAAGCAGGAGACAAUCCUCCUGCUCAAGUGCUGUGCAGAUCUUAUUACGGCUACACCGGGGAUCUAACCACCGACCCUACAGAUGUCAUGUACCUUAACCACUACGCAGCCCUAGCGUAAUUCUGAGUAGGGCCUUCCUUUCCUCUCAAAGCAGCCUCAAUGAUUUAAUAAUUCUGUUCCAUGUUGACAUCAUUGCAUCAUGAAAGUUCUGAAGAUUUGUCAGCUGCACAUUCAUGCGGCGAAUCUCCCGUUCUACCACAGCCCAAAGGUGUUCUUUUGCAUUCAGAUUCAGUGACUGGAAAGGCCACUGGAGAACAUUGGAACUCAUUGUCAUGUCCGUGGAAAAACAAAUUUGGGACGACUUUUUCUUUGAGACAUGGUGCAUUAUCAUGCUGUAAGUAGCCAUGAGAAGAUUUGUACAUUGGGCCUGUUAAUACCAAUCAAUCACUGCAUGAAUGCCACAGCCUAUUUGAGGAUUGUUGCUGACCAUGUGCUUCCCAUCAUAGCCACAAGGUGUGCCAAGACCACAUUCCCCACACCAUUUCCCCACUGCCAUUAGUCUGGACUGUUGACACAAGGCAAGUUGGCUCCAUGGAUUCAUGCUGUUGGCGUCAAAUUCUGACCCGACCGUCUGUAUGCCUCAGCAGAAAUGUAGAUUCAUCAGACCAGGCUACGUCUUUCCAGUCUUCAACUUUCCAGUUUUGGUGACCCUGUGCCCACUCAAGCCUCAACUUUCUGUUCUACACAGAAGUAGAACCCAACGUGGUCUUCUGCUGUUGCAGACCAUCCACCUCAAGGUUCAACAUAUUGUGGAACAUCUGAGAUGCAUUUUUGGUCGCCACAAUUGUGCAGAGUGGUUAUGUGAGUUACCGUAGCAACCGUAACAGUCUGGCCAAUUCUCCGUUGCCCAACAAGACGUUUCUGUCUGCAGAACUGCCGCUCAGUGAUUGAAUACAGUGGCUCCAGAAAGUAUUCCGACCCCUUCACUUUGUGUUGUAGAUUUCAUUUUUAAUGGAUAAAAAUGCCAUUUUUGCCCAUCAAUCUACUUUGUUACCCAUCAUUUUUUUAAAUCUCAUUACACAUAACAAUAACCAUAAUUAAAAAAAAUGGACCAAUUGGCUUUUCUUUGGUUGUGAAAUCAACUUGGGUUUUUACAUGAAAUCAGAUUUGCUUUUAGCAGGCAUAGUUCCAUGUGCUUCAUUGCCACUCUCUCCAAUACCUAUAGAUGCUCUAUGAUGCACACUCGGAGCACUGAAGUAUGUGGUUUGAGACGCAGCCUAUAGCUACCUGUACUAAGGCACCACUACCUGUACAGAGACGCCUAACAAGA